UCCCCAUGUGGGCUCGGGCCGUCAGCGGGCCCGGCUGAGCACUGGCCCCAAGACCCCAUCGGUCACAGGACCUUGCCACCAGCUCAGCAGCAUCCACCGUCCUGCUGUUGCCUUCCUCUCUCGGUCUUUCCCCCGCAGUGCACACCGCCAUGGGCAAGAGCCGGACGAAGCGCUUCAAACGACCUCAGUUCUCCCCUACGGGCGACUGUCAGGCCGAAGCGGUAGCGGCGGCAAACGGGACCGAGGGAGUGGAGGACGACGGGCCGGCGGCGGAGCUGCUAGAAAAGCUUCAGCACCCGAGCGCGGAGGUGCGCGAGUGCGCCUGCGCGGGGCUGGCCCGGCUGGUGCAGCAGCGGCCGGCGCUGCCGGGCCUGGCACGUCGGGAUGCCGUGCGCCGCCUCGGGCCGCUGCUGCUCGACCCCAGCCUGGCGGUGAGGGAGACCGCGGCCGGCGCGCUGAGAAACCUCAGUGCUUGUGGAGGCUUUGAAGUUUGUGAUGACAUGGUGACUAAGGAUAUCAUGACUCCUUUGGUUGCACUGCUGAAAGAGUGUAGCGCUGGCCUGGAUUCAAAUGAGAUGUCUCCACAAGAAAAAAAAGAUCAGAACAGAAAUUCUAUUGAGAACAUAGCCAAUGAGGCCAUGAAUGUGCUGUGGAAUAUAUGUGAAUGCAGUAGUAGAGCAGUAUCUAUAUUCAACAAAGAAGGGUGUUUGGAGAUUGUAUUAAAGUUUUUAAGUAGGUUUCCCACCAAUGUUGACCUGGCUAUUUCAGUAGCAUAUUGUUUGCAGACAGUGACCGAAGAUAACCCAGAGCUGCUGAAAUCUUUCAGUGACCCAGGAUUGCAUGUACUGGAGUCAGCAAUGCUUUCUCCUGUCAGUUCCAUGGAGUACAUUCUAUUAAAGACGUUGGUGGCAGGUACCAUUUGGAACCUAAAGGACAUUAUUCCAUCCAAGAGUCAGGCAGAAAUCAUAAAUGCCAUACUGAAGGUCUUGUCUGACGUUCUGGACCUGGAUGCUGGCGAGACAGUAAUUCGAAUGCAGGAGGCCGAAAAGCAGAGGUUAGAAGCCGCUGCAGAGACAGAGGACGUGCUGGAGAGCGCCAGCCGUGAUGCUCUGAUAGAAGAUGAUGAAAUGGAAGAGAUCCCGCACAAAAGGAAAGUCCGAAGGAAAACCUUCGUUUCAGAUUUGCUUCCAUCCACCGACAGGGAACUGAGAGAGACCAUAGCAUUGUUGACGGCCCAGCAGACUGCUCUGGAAAUUAUCGUCAACAUGUGCUGUACGGAAGAUCCCUCCGAUGAUGAGUGGGAAGAGCUUUCUAGCAGUGAUGAGAGCGAUGCAUUUAUGGAGAAUUCCUUCAGUGAGUGCGGUGGGCAGCUGCUGUCUCCCCUCUGCCUCUCCCAUGAGGUUCACACGGCUUUCACCAACUACCUCAUCCCAAAGAAGAUUUUUGAGAAAACUGCCUUUCCAAACAGCACUGCCGUUGACAUAUGUUCUAGGAGUCCCACUUGGAAAUCUUUGAUUAGAAAAAUGAACACUAUUCAGUGCAGAGCCCUCGUGUGUCUCCAGAGUCUUGUAUCCCUCCUGGAUGUGGACCACCUCGGGGGACCUGCAGCCUUGCAGACACUUGCACAACAUCUGUCCCAGCUGCUUUUUUCUCAGCCAGAUUUUGCUGAGCAUGUUGACUUUCUAGAAGCCAUAAGUAGUGCCUUGAGGGCCCUUUUGCAAACAAUGGCCUCCAAGAACAUUUCUCAGUGUAUGACUCCCAAUCAGUUGAUGACAUUAUGCACAGCCGGCAUUCACAGUGGGAACACCGGGGUUAGAGUAAACGUUGUUAGUAUUUUAGGAAUCACGGGCAGCGUCCUCGCCAAAGAAGAUGGAACACUGGAAACUCUUAAGACCAUUGGGUGCUUUCUGCUUGAGGUUGCCACCAAAGAUCCCUCCCUCGUGGUGGCAGGAGAAGCCUUGGAUGCCCUCUUCGAUGUUUUCGCAGAUGGUAAAGAAGCCGAAAGGGCCUCAGUUCAGAUUAAAUUGUUAUCUGCUCUGAAAGAAUUCCAGCCAGUCUUCAAAAUGAAGAUUUCUUCUCUUAACAUUUGGAAAGAAAGAUGACAACCAGAAACCUGAGAAACCUCCUGCAUUCUAGAUUUUUGAAGAGGGCUUUCGAAAGAACCGGGCAUCUGUAGUGCUCAUCAUGCUCUUUCCUGCGGGAGAUGACAGGUGAGGGACUCACUGUGUGUGGGAGGUGUGUAUGUGUGUUGAGGGGGAGAGGGGGGCUUGCAGAGUUCCUGCCGACAAUGGCAGUGGGAGUGUCUGUGAUAUGUGUAAUGACAUGCAGAGCCGAAUAAAUUCUGGGGGGAAUCUCUUCUUUUAAGGACGAAAGAUGUGGCGAUCUACCCUCAUUCUCACAACUUCGGUGCAUGUCAGCUGGACUAACAGCUGCCAAUCCCUGAAUUUCCUUGCCUGAGGACUCUCUUUGACCCCUAGGUCCCCAUUGACCCUAGCAGGACAGCUCAGAAGUAUAAGGAAUGGAUGAAAUGACCCUCCAACCCCACCCUACCAAAAUCCCUCCAUCAACGACUGGCAGGAAGAAGAAAUAGGAAGGAAGAAAUACCCAGCUCUCUUACCCCAUCCAUAGGGAGCCUCUGAGGUCCCAGAGUUCUCCAGCAGGAUUAAGUCUUAGUUACUCACGCUGGGACCCUGCUUGAAAACGAAUCUUUCUUGCUGCCCUCCCCUCCCUAUCUGAUUUCCCCUCCCCCCACUGGCAUCUCCGGGGAUCACUGACAUAAACUGCUUGCCCUUGACACCUUGGCUCGGUGUCUGCUCUCCAGAGAACCCAAAGCAACACAAGACGUAUUAGAGUUGUGUUUUGGGAAGGAGGGGGGGAUUGUGCAUGUGCGUAAGAUUUGUAAAUUCAUAAAUUUCUAUUCUGGGUGUAUAAUAGCUUUGUGCAUUAGCCAUACUGGUGGAAUACUGUUAGUUAAUGGGCAAGGCGAUUAUCUUCGAUUUCUCGCCGUAGGAUAGAAGAGAAUUCUCAUUUCCAUUUAUCAAACCAAUUUCCUUCUGCAGAUAUCAAAAAUUGCUUAAGUCAGUUUACAUGUCUAUUUAGGAGAAAUUAAUUUGAUGCUAGAUUAAAAGAUAUUUCGGUCUCCUCAGGAUCGGAACCAUACAGUGGUUUGAAUUGGGAAAGCGACGUGUUAAAAAAAUUUCUAGUGGGAAAAUACAAGGGCGCUCCCCACUUUUGCCAUGUCACUGCCGGUUACACGGGAAGUGAAUUCAAGGGGGAGGUCUUUCAUCCUAAAACUCAAAACCCACAGAUGCCCGGGCAUCUUCAAGGCUAAGUUUCAAGAUCUAAUCUGUGGGUGUGUGGAUGGAAAUUCUUGCUGAAGCACGUGUGAAAGUGCAGCUGAUAAGCUGAUAAGGGAAUUGCUAAAUUCUUACUGAAGAGGAAUGAGAUGAAAUGAGAUACUGGAAAAUCAGAGCAAUACACCUUGCUUUGAAAAACAAUGUAUUCAUUUAGGAGCAACAACAGGCAUUUAAAAAAAAUAUAUAAGAACUCUCUUAUUCAAACUGUGCCCCCAUUUCUAUCUGUGAGGGGGAUCACCUUGAUGAAUGCUUGGAUAGGUCUGGGGAGUUAAUUUAAAAAGUAGAAAUAGAGUUCUUAUCAGAAGACC